UGGAAAUGUGAUACAAUGAACGAGUAUUACAAGAUGAGCCACCAAGGAGACGGGAGCCAUUAUUGAAGACAAGCAGUUCACUCCACAACCCAAAACAGGUUGCUCGUGGCUUUUAGUUUAUAACGAAAUAUGCCAUUGAAAACAUCAUGUCUUCGAUUUCUGCUUUGUUUCAUCGUUACAGUCGCCUUGGCAGGUAAUUAUCAUCAUCAUCACCAUCAUCAUCAUAGAAAUUAUUUUCGAAAUCAUCUUCCGAACCGCAAUCAUCACGACGAUUAUUAUGAUCCUUAUACCCCUGAUUAUCUAGAAGAUUAUUUUCCUAGAAGACCGGAUCGUGUGCAUCCUCAGCAAUUUAUGUUUGUAGGUAAUCAAAAAUCUCAACACAAUAAAAAUCAGAAACCAUGUCAUCAACUUCCUCCUGGUUUACAAGGGAGGCCAGAAAGUUCUUUACCACCUGGCCAAAGAAAGAAAGGUCCGCCAUGUCCAGCACCUUCGUUUCAGGAUUCUUCAACACAAUCGCCAUCUUUUGAGACUGCGGAGAAGUUAUAUGGGAGUAAAGAUUUUCAAUUUAAAGAUGUUCAAGAAUUUAUUGAAAAUAAGCCGUACGAAAUACAAGGGUACACAAAAGAUAAUUUUCCUGUUGUUUUAUUAAAAAAAUAUGAUAUCAGAAAAUAAAUUGAGUAUGCAACCAAAA